GCAUGCACCGUGACAUGUUGACAUUAAAACCCAGUCAACCGGACCGAAUGUGCCCUUCGCCUACUCCACAAAAAGUAGAGAAAUUUAUGUCCAAGGACAUACACGGCCGCCCUAUAUUCAGUGCUAGGUUCGAUGUCCGGCAGUUUGAGCCUCAAGAAAUCGAAGUCCGAAUAGCGGAACAUAAAUUAAAGGUCCAUGCCAAGCACGAAAAGAAAGAUGGCGACUCGACAGAAGUCAUUGAGUACAGUCGUAAAGUUAGCUUGCCGCCUAAAAUUGACUUGAAAAGCAUGAACUGCGUUUUAUCUUCGGACGGCUACUUGACCACAGAAGCGCUAGUAGCACCACCUAAUUACAUCAACUUUGAUGAAGAAUUUCCUUCUAUAGCAAACAGCAGUCCAACACGAUUACUGAAUAUCAACAUGCUGCAUCCUGAAAGAACAUCUCCUCGUUUACCAAGGAGGGAUUACGAAAGUAUCAACCAGAAAUUCAGAACCGAAGUCGACGUAUCAGAUUUCCAACCGGAAGACGUUAAAAUUACUACUCAAAACCAAAAGAUAAUAAUCAAAGCCAAACGUGAAGAGAAAGUGGGAGGUCGAACAACUUCAAAAGAAUUCAACAAGGAAAUUGCUAUUCCAAUACCAAGGAAUCCAGAAAAAAUUAAAGCAUUUUUUUCAGCUAGUGGUAAGCUCAUUCUUGAAGAAUCGUAAAAAAAAAUAUUUAAAAAAAAAACUCUCAAAUCAUUAUCUGAAUUAUCUGAAAAAAAACGUGAAAUUAAAUCAUUUUCUGUAAUAUUCUGAUAGAAAUUCGUUUGAUAUUUUAUUACGUCUCUUUAUGUCCUGAAUUCAAAUUCCUCCAGAGUUCAUUGUGCUUUCAUUUUUACCAGGGUCGAUAAAAUAAAGUACCAGUCAAGUACUGGCAUUAUUAUGAAUAACAAUAA